GUGCGGGCCCAUUCUCACUUGCUCACUCACUCACUCACUGACCCAUCCUCCUCGCCACCGCGCCAUCGCGCCGUCGCUCCUCCUCCUGCGGCACCCGAUCACCCUUACCUUCUCCGCCAUUAUCGCCGCCUUUUCCUGCGCAUUUUGACCCUCGGAUAGAUUUCUUUGGCUCUUCCUGCCGUCCUCCCUCCCCCCUCCCCGUCUCCGAUUUCCCCUUCCUGUUCUCCAGUUAGGGUUCGGUGUCUCAUGGCUGGGUCGGAUGACUCGAUCUCACUCGGGCUGGACGUAGGACUGGCACAAGCCUCGUGGUAAUGGCAGCACGCGGAGAUCGCCGACGCGAAUACCUGGAGUUGCGAUUGCGGUGUUUCGGCUGCUAGGUUCGCCUUCAAGGUCAUUCGGUUUUAAUCAACUGCGGCUUGGCCGUUUUCAAUUUCUGGUACAAUUUGUAUGAGGUUCUUGUGAAGACUGGAAACGGGUGGGUGACUCGGUUGCUUGAGCGAUGGAGGCACCUAUCGGUGGUGGGCACACAGGAGGAUUGCCACUCUCAGGACAGGCAGCUAGAAGGGAAUGGAGAAAAGUAUCUGAGAUGCCUAACGGUCAGGGAAGAAUAGGAACAGAUGGUCCUGGAAACCAAUCAAGAGCACAGCAAUCUGGCCGGCUACGGUCUGGCAACGUGGGACAAAGGCGAAGCAGUCAAAAUGGGAGGAUGUUUCAUCCUGGCAGUGGGGAACAUUCCAGUGAUUCCGAUCUUCACGGUGGUGAUGGCGGUGGAGGGCACUUGCUGGGCGGUCCUGUAUCCCCGCAUGAAAUCAUCAAUCAGAAUAUUGGCCAACAAGAAGUGCUUUACGAAGAGAUGCAUCGGCAGCAACAAAAGGAGCACGUCUCCAUGAACACUAUGUCAAUGGAAUCAGCACUGGGUGCAAUGAACAAUCCUGAGGAUGCUCUUGAGCAGCAACUCCUUGAUAUUUCCAGGAAAAGAGAACAAUUGCAGCAAGCUGAGUUGGAGCUCAGGGCGCAGUUUAUCGCGCGAUCUGAGGUGCACCGCAUGCAGAGUAAUUAUGAAGAGCAGUCCAAGCAACACGCUGAAAUUGUGGCAAGUCUCCAGUGCAAACUGCAGAAUGAAAUUCAUGAAAGAGAUCAGAGAAUACAUCAUCUAGAGCAGAAUCUGGAAGAACGAGAACAACAACUCAGGGCGAACCAAAUGCAAGCAAAUGAAGCACAGGUCUGGGCAAAGGAUGGUCUUCUACGGGAGCAGACUAAUGAGCUUGCUUCCCUGCGUCGAGAGCGUGAUGCUUCUGUAGCAGAACAGAAAGCAGCACUUUCGCAGCUGGAGGAAGAAAGGUCAGACUAUACUACACAAAUUGAGCAUCUCAAGGAGCAGUUGCAUGAGAAGGAGCGACACAGACAGGAAGCUGAGGAGCAGAAUCGUGCGACACAAGAGCUGCUCUUGUUCAAAGAUGGCCAGCUGCAGGAAGCACAGGCUUGGAUGGCCAGAGCCCAAGAGCUUGAUGCUUAUCAUGUCAAUGCUAAUCAGACCCUGCAUGCCGAGCUUCGGGAUCGCAAUGAUCAGUUGAAUCAAGUCUGGAUGGGAUACCAGAGACAGCUUGCAGACAUGGAGAGAUUCCAUGCCCAGGUGGUGCAGCGGCUUCAAGCUGAGCUUAAUGAGACCAGAGAACAUGCUCAAAUGCUGAAAGGCUCUGGUUCGGAACGUUUAGGAGCCAAAGAGGAACGGAAAAUUCAUUCUGGAAACCAUAUAGAUUUUCUUCAGCGUGAGGGAAACGAAGAGACCGGAGCUAAAGUUCCAGUAGCGAAUAAUGCCGGAGUAGUACGCGGGAACCCGAUAAUUCUGUCACAUGGAAGUAUGGAGGCUAACGUACCUAUAUACAUUCCACUCGAUAACUCCAUCAAGGGAGAUCAAGCCACUGGGCACCCAGUUGUGCCGUCCCCUGCUGUGGUAGGUAUAAGCCCUGUAAUGUCUUCUGGAAUACCAGUCAUGCACCAGUAUGGUCUCCAGCAACAACCUUUAACUUCCAUGUCCCAGGCCUUACCUGUUCUUCAAACGUCUAUCCCACAGCUGCAUGCGCAGCCUCAUGUAUUAUCUACGCCACAUCAUCCUCAGCAACAGGUCGGACGUGCACAACAUCUUCCAAGUCCUCAAAAGCAACCACAAGUCACCCAAACGCUACACCUGGGCAUUUCUUCUUCGUCCUUACCCAAGCCUGGCAUGCAACCUAGUCAGCCACAGCAGCUAGUGCUAGACCAUGAAGAAGGCCAGCAGCAUGGUGGAAUUUUGCUGUCUCAAUUGUCCUCUAAACCUCAGACUCCUGCAGCUUCUGCGCAACCUAUUGGACAGAAAGCUCAGCAAGAAGCCACAGUGACUGAGCCUGUGCAGUCAUCACGUGAAGGCCAGAAACUUCCGCAUUCCUCGCAUGACCAGCAGCAAGUGGAGCUCUCUCUUCAGCACAAUCGGCAAUCCAACGCCCUGCCUGAACGUCAGAGACAAGAACAGCUACAACAUUCUUUAAGUCCUUCUCAAAGUAUGCAAGAGCAACAAACAAAGUCAUUCAAGCAGGUGCCAGUACAGCAGCAUGAUGAGACGCCUCAACUGCAGCAUCAACAGGGCAUCUCAAGUUCCAUGCAUCACCUCUCUCAACCUGCAGCACCAGUAGCAGAAAAAAAUCAACUUCAACAGAAGCCGUCGCUGAGCAAGUCCAUCAUGGCCAAGCAGGAACCAAGAGAGCCUGGGGCAAACCCAGUGAAUCUUGAACAAAAUGUUGCUGAAUCCAUCAAAAAUCCAGAGCCCGUUCUACUGGAUGAAAGAGCGUUGCUUGCAUGUCUAGUGCGUGCAGUACCUGCUGAAGCCAAUGCCAAGAUUAGUAUGAAAUCCACACUGCCGAACCGUCUUGGUAAAAUGCUUGCCCCUCUUCAUUGGCAAUCGUACAGGAAGCAGUAUGGUCGCCUCGACGAAUUUGUGAGCUCACACAAAGAGCUUUUUGUCAUUGAAGGUGAUUACAUCUAUUUGAGAGAAGGAGCUCAUGCUAAGGUUUCAGCUACUACUGCUGUUGCUAAAGCCGCUGCGGCAGCAGCAGCUGCUAGUCCUGCAGGCCUAGACCGUCCUCCUGUUGUUGCUGUUACUCCAGUAGCUCAAGUUGCCCAACUGCAGCGGGGGAAAGCUGCCAAAGCCCCAAAUAAGGACGUCAGACCGCAAUCUCAACAAGAUGAACCAAACAUUCUCACUCAAAGGUCGAUUUCGCCCCAACAGUCUAAAUCAGGGAACAUCCGGCAGAUCUCUGCAUCCUUUGUCCCUAGAAAUAGCGUGGGAACCGUAGUUGCUGCAUCUAACAAUGAAGGGAAACUGGACGGCAUCGGUAAUACCUCGGAUGGAGAGUUUAGCUCGAACAAUUUGCCAACUGGAAAGAACUCUGAUGUUACGGAUAAUGGAGAGGCAAAUGGCUUUGGAAAUUCAAGAGUAGGCAAUCAUGGAAACAGACAGCAGAAUAGCCGAAACUCAUAUGCCGGAUCAGGGCAAUAUAGAAAACAAGAUAAUCACUACAGGUCCCAGACACAAGAUGGUCGGCCCACGCCAACCCCAACACAGUGAGAGUUGAAAUUCGUCGCUGAAGCCUACGGGUCGUGACUUAAGGCUUUCGUAAUGAACAGCAAGAUGCUCUUCGUGUAACCGGAUGCGCUCUCCACAUUUUUUGACUCUACAAAAUCUGACUCAUUGUGCUACAGCACAGGCUUUUGUUCGCCAGUAGCAAGCUGGGUUUUUAAAAGUGAAAGGAAACACAGCUUCACUUGCUAAUGCUGAAGGUUUUUUAUUUGUGUUCACGCUUCUGAAUCCGACUGUGAGACCCUUGUCUUAAUACCCGUCAGAUAGUUUUGAUUUCAAGGUAUUUUUGUUCUUUUCUAACAAGCGUAGUGAAAGGCUAGUUUUGUGGUCACGAAACUAUUUUCUGGGGAUUUUCAAAGAGUCCUGCGUUUGAUGACAUUGGAACCGUUUCUGGAUUCAAAAUUAAAGAACCAGAUACUGUUUCGAAUCCAUCACAGGCACUGUAUCAUUUUCAUCUCUGGUUACAAGAGAUACUAGUGCAUUUGUACCAUCUGAUGUGCUCAAUAUCUC